AUGUAAAAAUACUAAUAAGCAUUAUAAAAACUUAACAAAGUGUCUGUAUUUCGAAAAGAUAGAGCGACAUUAGCAAACAUGCUUAAAAUGACAUAAUUAUUGGGAAAUCCACAGAAAGACCUAUAAUUCAUUCAUAUAGCAGGAACAAAUGGAAAAGGUUCUGUAACACUUAAAAUGUGCAAAUUAAUGCAAUCGAUUGAAUCAUGUGGUUGUUUUACUUCCCCUCAUAUUUCAAGUUUUAGAGAAAGAAUUAAAGUCGAUAAUUAAAUGAUUUCGGAAGAAUACGUAUAAGAACACUUAAAUGACUUUUUUAAUUUGGCAGAAAGGAGUAAUCUUGAAUUAACUUUUUUUGAAUAUGUGACAUGUUUAGCAUUAAAAUACUUUAAUGAUAUGCAUCUUAAAUAUGUAUCAUGGGAAACUGGUUUAGGAGGAAGAAUGGAUUCAACCAAUAUCAUCACUUCUCCUUUAAUAUCUAUAAUUACAACCAUAGGAUUUGAUCAUAUGCAUAUUCUUGGGAAUACCCUCGACUUAAUUGCAAAGGAGAAGGCUGGAAUUAUUAAACAAAAUUGUCCUGUUGUUAUAGGGCCAAAAUGUUAGCCAUAUGAGAUUUUUAUUAAUGAGGCAACAUAAAAGAAUGCAGAUCUCACAAUAGUAUAAGGCGAAUUCUUAGAUUUUAAUGAUGAAAACAAUGCAAUAGUAGCUGCUUCAUAAAAAAAUUUAAUGGAGAAAUAUUGUAAUAAUUUUAUUCAUAUUAGAAUUUAAAUUUAAUAACUUUGA